AUGAGUAUAAAUAAGGAUGACUUCUUCCGGGACCUGGAUAGUUUAGGCUAUGCCAGUGAUGAUUCCCAGCAUGAGAGCGAUCUUACUAGUCUCAUGAGACACACCAAUACUGCUCCCGCUCCAGCAACUGAAUUGUCUCCUGGGCCCCAGAUGAGCACUAUAUCAGAAUACCAGAGAACGCACUCAACCAUUAGUUCGACUCUCGCUACAACGAAAUCGACUGCUGGUAGUCAGCGCCUUGCUAAGAAGCAGAUUGAAGGAGCGACAAAACGGGCGGCAGUGUCCCUCCAAUCCGAGCAACCCAAAUGCAAGAAGCGCCGAGCACCCUCAGCACAUGUUGUACCAGAGUCAGAGCAGAUCUUCAAAAAUCUGAAGUUCUUCUUCGUACCGAAUAAUGACAUUUCGCCGGCUCGGAGGCUUCGUAUCCAGCGGUCACAGGAUUACGGAGCGGCAUGGGCUCAGACAUGGUCGACAGAUAUUACCCAUGUGAUUGUCGACAAGGGCCUGGACUAUAAGGAAGUUCUGAAAGUACUUACGCCCGAGCAGCUUUUUGCCGAUAUAGCUAUAGUUAACCAGGAUUACGUAUCCGAUUGUCUCGUCUUCAAAUCAAUCCUCCUGGUUACACAGGCCCGGUUUCGUGUAGAUGGCACACCAAAAACCUCGGGGACCGAUAAACCAGCUCAUGCUAUGGCAAGUAUAAAACCGACUGGUUCUUUGCAGGAAAAGCAACCUCAACGACAUGGCCGACGCUCCGUGACUCCCUCUCGCAGCGAAGAUACCCGUAUAGAUCAAAUGACUCCAGUGGCCAUUCAGCAGGAAGCAGAUGCAGCUUCAUCUUCUCAAUCAGACCAAAGGAAACCAGACGCCUUGGAUAAAUUGAUACUGAAAGUCAAGGCGGCUGGGGAUCUGCCUCUAGAUGAAGCUGAUGACGAAGCAGCACUUGAUGUCACGAUUGAAUGCGGUUCAGAAGCGGAAUCGUCCCAGAAAGCUACCGCUAAUCCUGAUAGCAAAGUUCCAACAUGGCAAAAGAACUUUGCUUGCAUGGAAAAACACGACGGCAACGGCUUGAAUAAUAACCCCAAUGCUAGAACGAUCGAUAUUCUGCAGAAAAUGGCCGUUUAUUAUGAGAGGACUGCAGACAACUGGCGCACGACGGCGUAUAGAAAAGCUAUUGCUGCCUUACGGAAACAGAAAAGCAAGAUCUGCACCAAAGCAGAAGCCCUCGCUAUUCCUGGUAUCGGGCAGCGGCUUGCGGAUAAAAUUGAAGAAAUUGUUUCUACUGACCACCUGCGUCGAUUGGAUAAUAUAAAUGCCACUCCAGAAGAUAGGGCACUGCAAUUGUUUCUCGGCGUAUACGGCGCAGGAUUCGCGCAAGCAUCCAAGUGGGUGGCUAAGGGAUACAGAUCUCUCGAGGACUUGGAAAACAAAGCUGAGUUGACCGCAAAUCAAAAGAUUGGGGUGGAACGAUAUAAUGAUUUUAAACAACGUAUUCCCCGAGCGGAAGUUGCUUUGCAUGGAAAUAUCAUUCGAGCGGCAGUUCAUGCCUUGGAUCCCGAUAUGGAAGCUAUGGUGGCCGGCUCAUACCGUCGUGGCGCUGCAGACUGCGGCGAUAUAGAUAUCUUGAUCACAAAGAGUAAUGGCACCAUAGAAUAUCUCCGCACCCUUAUGAUUGAUAACGUUGUGCCAAAACUCAUGGAGAAAGGUUUUCUCAAAGCGAGUCUAGCAACGACAUCACGCGGAGAUGGACCCAAGUGGCAUGGUGCUUCUGCUCUUCCCGGUACCGAUCUCUGGCGCAGAAUUGACCUGCUAUUUGUCCCGGGACCCGAAAUAGGCGCGGCUCUGAUAUAUUUCACGGGAAAUGACAUUUUCAACCGGAGUCUACGGCUCCUGGCUCGGAAGAAAGGGAUGCGCUUAAACCAGCACGGUCUAUACAAAGAUGUGCUCCGUGGACCUAAUCAGGUUAAGCUCACUGACGGUACUCUUCUUGAAGGCCAGGAUGAGAAGCGGAUUUUCGAGAUCCUUGGUGUGCCAUGGCGGCCGCCAGAGCACCGUAUCUGUUAA